AUGAAAAAAAGUAUGGAAAAAUAUGAUAAAACACGACUUGACAAACAAGCCAUUAUUGCUCAAACAAUUGAGAAUGGAACUCAAUUGCCUGCUCAUGCAAAAGAAGGGUUUGAUGUUGCAAUGACUAGAAUGGAUGCUGAAGAUGAUGCAACAAGACAAGUUUCAACAUACGAUAGUGAAUAUGCAAUGGCAGGAGUUAAAGAUCCAAAUGUUUUUAUUACAACAUCAAAAGACCCAUCAAGCAAAUUAAAAGAAUUUGUUAAAGAAAUUAAGUUAAUUAUUCCAAAUUCAACAAGAAUUAACAGAGGUAAUAUUCAAAUUAAACAAUUAGUUGAAACAUGUAGAAGUCAUGAUGUAACUGAUUUGAUUAUUGUUCAUGAAAAUAGAGGAGAACCAGAUGGAAUGAUUAUUUCACAUUUUCCAUAUGGACCAACAGCAUAUUUUGGGUUAUAUAAUGUUGUUUCUAGACAUGAAACAAAAACAUCUAAAACAUUUAGUGAAGUAUAUCCACACUUAAUAUUUGAUAAUCUCACUACACCAUUAGGUAAACGAUUUGAAAUGAUACUUAAAUAUUUAUUCCCUGUACCAAAAAGUGAUUCAAAAAGAGUAAUGACAUUUUCUAACAGUAGUGAUUAUAUUACAUUUAGACAUCAUGCAUAUGAUUAUAAUGAAGAACAUCAAUUAGUUCUUCAAGAAAUUGGUCCAAGAUUUGAUUUACGACCAUACCAAAUCAAACUAGGAACAAUUGAUAUGGAUUAUGCAGAAAAUGAAUGGAUAUUAAGAAGUUUCAUUAAUUCAGCUUCAACAAGAAAAUUACUUUGA